CCAAUUAUAUAUGUAUGUACGACCCGAAUUCCUCGAUCCUAAUUUGGCUAUAAUUGUUCUUCCCCGGUUCUCUGGCAACGACUAUGGUGCGAGCUGUGAAGCGCGAAGUGGAGAGUUCUCGGAGUGGAAGCCGGCGAGGAGAUGCGGAGGGUAGCAAUGGCGACAGCCACCAUAACACUUCUGGGGAAGAAGACACUCUCGACCGCAGAGUUCUUAGAUCUCGAUAUCUCAAUGUUAAGACCCGGAUUUGUGAUGUGAAAGAUGAUCUAUCCAAGUUUGAUUCAGAUACAUUUAGUACAAUAUUUGAAGAAGUUGAAAAGCUACAUGAAAAAGUACAAAACCCCAGAGAACAAGUUGCAGAUGCUGAAACACUGUUGGAUAUCACAAACAGUUUAGUAACCUCUGUUAAGGCACAUGGAAAUGAAGGAGUGACCCCUUUGGAUUUUGUUACUUGUUUGCUUACACAGUUUGGCGAUCAAAUGGGUCAUAGGUCUAGAUCUGAUGAGAGUCAAAAUUCUAUUCGCUGGAAGGAAGUUGGCCAUGCUGUGUCUGAUGUGUUCAAGAGUGCCCCGGGAUGUUGUACAAUGAUUGGGCCUAUGUCAACUGAAGUUAAGCUAAGAAAGGUUGCAGUACAAAGAAAACGUGUAAAGCCUACAGGAAAUGAACGGCCGGAGAAGCUUCCAGAUGCAUCAGAAAAAAGUACUGACACAGACAAAAAUAUGGCAACAAUGUUCCAAAUCUUAAGGAAACACAAGAAGGUCAAACUUGAAGUAUUGCUGCUGAAUAGAAGAUCAUUUGCACAAACAAUUGAAAAUCUGUUUGCUCUAUCUUUUCUGGCUAAAGAUGGAAGGGCUGAAAUAAGAGUUGAUGAGAAGGGUGUUCACACUGUUUCACCAAAGAAUGCCCCUUCUGCUGAUGCAGUUCUCUCUGGAAAUGUUUCCUAUAGCCAUUUUGUUUUCAGAUUUGACUUUAAAGAUUGGAAGCAAAUGAUGGCUUCUGUUGUGGAAGGGGAGGAACUAAUGCCUCACAGAAACAAAGACGUCCAAACUGCCCGUGAAGCACCGCAGAGGAAUGCUGAAGGCGAGACCGAAAGAGAGACAAGUACACCGAUAAGGAAGUUGUCUAGGAACAGAGGUCUGGUUUUACAGGAGCAGCAGGUAGUGGUGGAUGAGUCCCCUGAGGCUGGUGUUGACUCUGGAAGAGCCACCGCGGCUGCCGCCAGUAGAAAAGGUAAGCGCAAGUUAGAGAAUUGGGGUUAGGGGAGGAGGGGUGCUUGGCCAAAAGCCUAUAACUACAUUAUAUUGGCUUGUUUUGGGAAUUCAUAUGGUGCUCAAUGUCUUGUUGACAUUAAUUAGUAGUGGCUUUUGGUUUGUAGAGAGACUUGUUCUUUUUACAGUAGGUUAGUUUGUGUGUAACUUGUGUGGUUCUUCUUCUAACAAUUUCUGUAGUGCUUACUUUGACUAUUGUAAUUUGUAGAAGUGAAGUUUUUGGGUUGCCCAUGCACAUCUUUUUUUUCUUCCCUUCAGAUUUACAGCGAUUCUUCUUCAUUUUGGGACAUCAAUUUUUGGGAAAACAGGAAGAAUCAAUUACACAAAUUUAAGAAAAUAAGGUUGUAUGU